AUGCAGUAUAAGCAAGAUGUGGAAAAAGUCGCAAUGAUGAAUUCGCCUACUCUACUGUCUCCAAGACCAUUGGGAUUAAAGGACAAUGAAGAAGUACAACGAACGCGAAAAAUUCUUCUCAUUAUUCUUGGUGUUUGUCUUGCACUUUCUGUUGCUAGCGCUUUAAGUUCUAUACCAGAAUCUUCUUAUGAAAGCGAAGCAGGUAGAACUCGACGAAGUUCACAAGUCGGUGAAAAUUUGGUCGCGGCUCUGUUUUACACUUUUGGAAUACUCGCUGCUUAUAAUUAUUAUCAAACUGGAUUACGUGUUUUCGCUUAUCUCGGUGUAAUUAUCUUGAGCUUCGUGGGCAUCGUAGUGGUGAUUUGUCUAUUUUUGGGAAUUAGUGCUCUCGCUGUAGGAAGUCAAUUUGACAAAGAGCAACGCGGAUUCUUACUUGGAGCGUCGAUCGGUGUUUUCUUUUUCGUUGUACUCCUCGCUGCGAAUGUCAUUCUUACUGUAAUUAUUGUAAAAUAUGCUUUUAAAUUGGCACGACUCAUUGACGCAAGUGAACGAUUGGCGGUUCAGCCAGUUUAA